AUGGAUGCUAAUUGGUUUGCACAACAAUUGGGUUAUCCAAUUCAAAGCUCUUGCAAUAAUCCAACACAACCAUGUGAAUUUGAAAGUUUGACCCAAUCACUUCCGAGAGUUUUUGGACCAUCAGGUGUGCUGAACAACCUAACUGAAAAGCAAUUAGAUACACUCUUGAGAGUUCUCAGGUUGUGUAAUAUUUAUGAAAAGCAUGAUUCUGCACCUUCGGAACUAAACGAAAAACAAAAGAAGAUUUACAUGAUCGAACAAUACUACAAGAAUCCAGAUGAUCAUGAUGUGAAGGCUCUUUCAAGAGACUUUUCAGAACACAGAAAUGCAGCUGGUUCUCCUGCUCAUGACAUGAUGCAUCAAUCACCAGAUAUGUACAAGACUAGAAACGAUUAUCAAGCUUCAAAAAUUGCACACGGUGCUCAUGACUAUGUUAACACCCCAGAGAAGCUUGAGAAACAAAUUUCCGAAGCAUUAAAACUCUCUCCAAAUUGUAUUGAAGCCUACAACCUCUUAGCAAUGUACAAGGCAAAGAAUUUUGAGGAAGCACUUCAAUAUUAUAGACAAGGACAAUCUAAAAAAGAUAAUUAUUACCAUCCAACCAAUUCUAAACUUGACAAGACUGGAAAUUGGCUUCAUCAUCAAUUUAGACAAUAUUUUAGAGCAAUAAUUGGAGAAGCCAAUGUUUUACGAAGAAUGGGAAGGUAUGAAGAAGCUCUUGAUGCCUAUUAUAGAGCUCAAAAGUUAGAUUCAGAAAUUCAUGGAAUGAUGGUUUCAUAUUGCAAUUUUCAAGCUAAUAUUCCAGAAUGCUUAAUGAAACUUGGACGAUGGAAGGAAGCUUAUGAUUUCAUGAAGAAAGAUGUGGAAAUGUUAAAAUUGAGUUCUUCCAAAUAUUUACUUUGGAGUUUUGGAUUGUGUGACUAUAUUGUAAACAAGAAGACUCCACAAUAUAAUUCAGUAGAAGACCAAAUCAAGUAUGCAGAACGUAAAAAUGUUGACCAAGAUGUAGCCAUUGUAAAAAGCCCACUUUCUGCAGCUGGAGAAUGGUCUUCUUACGUUUUUGAAUAUCUUUUGGGAAUAAGAAAGUUGGCCAAUGUUGGAUUUCCUAGAAGCUUUUCUAGUACAGUUGGAGAGGCUCCAUCAUUUAGUGCUGAUUCCCAAUACGUUUCAGAUAAUCUUGAUUUAUGGCUUGCAAAUCCUGAUGCUUUAGAGUAUGCCAUCAAAAAUGUAAAUAUUGUGAACUCUCAUCUUUGUCUUAGUGGUGAAGAGCACAAACUAAAAAGAAAACACUUCGACCAUAGCAAACCAGUCCAAAACUUCUUCCAGGUUUAUUCUAAACUAUAUUUCCCUAAUGCCAGAACUCAGGUACAUCUUUCACUUCUCCAUAAGGCUGUUGAUUUGAACAACUUGGAGGCUGUCAAGCUGUUGGUGGAGCAUGGAGCACCCAUUAGAACUCCAUAUGAACCUAAUCCAUUCCAUUUUUCAUGCUAUUAUGAUCGCUCAAGAGAAAUUGUGCAAUUUUUCUGUGAAAAAUCAGGUAAUCCUCUUUUUUCAAGUGGUGGUAUGCCGAGCCCAUUUGAAAUGGCUGUUAAUCAAGGAAAUUGGAGGCCAACAGUCGAGAUUCUUUCCUAUCUAUUGAAAAGAAAGAAAAUUACAAAUGACAUUUUGCUAACUGGUAUUGAAACAAUAUUUUCAACCAGUGUUUAUGAUUGUGUAAAAGGUGGUGAAACCUGUCAACGAUGUGACAAUCAUGACCAGCCACAUUCGAAAGAUCUUUCUUUCGAAAAAUGUAUUGAUGCUUUAUUUCUAUUUGGUUUAAAGAUAUCUAAGAAGGAAAUUCAGAACUUAUUGUACAGAACUAGUUCAAAAGACAAACUUGUCAAAUACAUUUUAGAUAGAGCUGAUGGUUCUGUUUUAAUAUUACCUAGAUCUUUGGAAGUUACAGAUUCUGAAGUUUUAAACCUCCUUUCCAAGAUUAGAAAUACAUCAACAAGCGAAAAGACAUCCACAACUGAGCCUAAAACUGAUGCUAAAUCUGAAACCAAAAAAUCUGAAUCAUCAACAGAGUCUCCUGAGGAUUUGAAGAAUAAGGGUAAUGAAGAGUUCAAAAAAGGUGCCUGUAUGAAGGCUUUAGAUUUCUAUAACAAGGCAAUCAAGCACCCUGAAUGCUCUUCUAGUUUAAAACCAAUAUUAUAUUCGAAUAUGUCUGCUUGCUUCUUUAAUUUGAAGCAUUUUGAAAGAGCUCUUUCAUGUGCUGAAGACUCUAUCAAAGCUGAUACUAAUUUUGUGAAAGGUUAUUUUAGAAAAGCAAUGUCACUCGAAGCUUUGAAACGAAUUGAUGAGGCAAUCAAAGUUGUCAAAAUUGCUUUAGCAAAGGAUCCUGACAAUGAAUCUAUGGUAACACUUUUCAAAAAGCUCAAGCAACAAGAAGUUGAAAAACCUGUUGAGACAGAUUUUGAUAAAUUGGAAAAGGGUUUAAAUGAUUUCUCAUACUUUAAGGAUAUGGUAGAGAAAGAAGGAUUUACAAGUAUUUUGGAAAAGAUGAAAGCAACAAUACCAAAAGAGCAAUAUGAACACUCUGAGAAAAUAGGAGAAAUGUUAGACGAGAUGAUUAAAAAGUGCCUAAUAGUUAUUGAUAAGAAAUUUACUCCUCACAGAAGAGAAAUCUAUUCGUACCUCAGAAAUAUGUCAAAAGACCAAAGAUUGAAGUACUUUGAAGGUUCUACAAAAUUUGAUCAUAAUAAUGAGAAGCUUUCUGAUAUGUUAAGGAAUGUCAUCAUUGAUGUCGAUACAUAUAGUCAAAUGAUGGAUGCUGUUAUUUAUUUGGGUGUUGAGAAUGUCAAACUAUCCCAACUGAUCAAUCCAACUAGUUUUUUGACACAGGCUCACCACAUUGAAAAAGUUUCACCACUAAUGUUUGGUUUUGAUGAUCCAGAAUUUGGUGGUUGGGAAACUCUAAUGCACAUAAUCACUUUCCUAUUAACAUAUAGUGGUGAUGUUUCAAAGAAAUGGGAAAAGGCAACACUUAGCAGCAUGAGUAAAUCAAAAGUAGAAGAAGUUAAAGAAGCAGCUACCGUUUAUGCUGCAAAGAAAAAGAAGCAUUGUCCAAUGUGCCCAAGAAUUGACGACGAAAAAUUCAGCCUGUUAGCUCUUAGCUUUGAUUUCAAUUACCAACAACAUUUGAAUACUAUUAGUAAUAUCCAAAACUCCAUUAAGGAUAGACAAGAGGCAUUUAACUACAUUUCAAAGUGUGAAGAACAUGUGUUUGAGCUUAUUACUGAAAAGAAUCAAUUAGAAUGUUUGAAAAAGUUUUUACAGGCUUCCCCAGAUAAUGGAUUUGAAGUAUUAGCCAACAUUUUUGCAGUUGCUCACUUAAAGCCAGAACAUAUCGAAAAAUCUUUAAAGUGUGUAGAUAUUCUCGAGAAAGACAGUGAAUUCUUCAAAAUCAUACUUUCUUUUGGAAGUACUGCCAAGUCAGUUCUAUCUCCUUCAUUAUGUAGGUUCAUUGCUAAUGGUGCAUUUGUUAGUGACAAGUUGGGGUGUUUACUUGAGGCACUACUUCCUGCUCUUUACCAUACUUUAGACUCUACAUUUGAGAUUGAUAGAGAUAUUUUACCUGAUUUAAAUACUCUUAGGGCAGUAGCAUCACUUUCUACCAUUCCAAAUUUAAAGAGAGGGCUUCAUUGUCUUGGUUUUGGUCAAUUAAUUUAUCAAAUUCAAGUGCAUCCAAAGACCUCAAAGCUGGAUCCUAUUAAGGCUGGUAUGGCAGCCACAUCAAAGGACUGGAUGACAAGUGGUGAGAAACAAAGAAUACCAUUCGUCUCCAAAUUUGACGCUUCUAAAAAGUUUACCAAUGAAGAACGUAGACAAUUUUUUGCUGCCACUCCUAAAUUUGCAACAAACGAAUUAGCUCCAAUUCAACCUUCCUUAAAGGAAAAAAUCAAACAGCAAGGGUUAACUAAAGGAAUAGCUGGAAAGUUUAUUAUUACUGCUUCAGAUGGUUAUGGCAUUUUCAGAAUAAUGAGAGUUGACAAUAUGGGAGGAGAAUAUGUUGUGACUUGUCUUUUAUUCAAUGCAUAUACACAAGUACUCAGAGACCAACUGGCAACCUCCUUUCCCUCCACUAAACAAUGUGAUAACUUUUUGAAAUCCUAUUUGGGCUCAACCAGACAAUUCAGGCCAUACAAAACAAAAUUUGCUGAUGAACCAUUUGCUUGCUUCACUGUUAUCUCUGAUAACGUUGCUCUUGACAUUGCAGAAUCAGCUAUUAACGAGACCAUUAAGAUCAGACCAUUAAACAGUGAAGAGGAAGAGGUAGUCCAAGCUUGGAGAAUGAUGUUUGGAAGACCAAAGGUGGGAAAGCAAAAAAAUACCAGAACACUCUACGAAGUAUUAUGGACUAAUCUUUCAGAUUUGAAACAACCUCCUCGUACACCUUACACAUUUAGAUUCUAUCGUGAAAUGUUUUGCACUCCAUUUUUCCACAACUUUUACUUUGCUAUUGCUGAGAAGGUUGAUUUUGGAUUUAUGAUGGCUUUUGAGACUAUUAGCGGUUUGAAUAUUCAAAGUAUUCAUGAUAUGGUUCCAUUACCAACUGAAUCAGUUAUGGAUUGGAUUAUUUGUAUGUGUGAUGUAGUGGAUCAUGCACCAGAAGCAAAGAAAUUCCUUGUAAAUAUCUUUACAUUUGCUGCACAUUAUUUCAAAGUGUAUGGAAAUACUGAUAUUGCUUCUGAUAUGUAUCAAAGUUUGAAGAAAUGGAAAGAUGGUUCAAUCAAGGCAAUUAAUGUACCAUUCAUAAGAGCCUUUAUUGAAAGAAGCUUAUAUUAUGAUGGUCAAGAAAUGCUUCCUGAUGCCAUGCUUGUAAAGAUUUACCAAACAUAUGGUUUUGAACAUGCAAUUAAUACAGCAUUAGAGAAUAGUAGAUCUAGAGUUCCAGCUCGUUUCGUACCUAGAAAUUCUGUCUUUACUGAAAUAUCGAAAGGUGUGGCCAAAUGGUGCAUGGCAAGAAAAGAAAAAGGAAAGAAGGCUCCAAACCUAAAGACAUUAUUUGAAAAGCUUGUACCUCUCAUUGCCAAGCAUCCUGAAAUGGGAGAACUUUCUGCUACAUUGUUGAUUUCAAUGUCUCACCAAAAACUUACAUCCUUACUCUCUUCUGUUUGGUCUGAUAUCAGUGCGGAAAAGAUGGAUAUUUCUAUUCCACAAGACAUAUUCGAGAUAGAUAGCUUACGUAUGAGUUUUGUAAAGGAAGAAAGAGCACGUUUAGAAAAGAAACCAACUAGACCAAGAGUUGAAACCUAUGAAGAAUCAUCUCUUCCAAGUGCCAUUGCUUCUGUUGGUGUCAAUGAAGUAAGGACUGAGAAAUCUAAAAAGAAAUCUGAAAUGUCUGAAGCAAAACCAUCAUGCAAUGUUUCAUCAACUCACCCUCCAACAUCUUUACCAACAUCUCAAACCUCUUCCUCUAACUCACCAAUCAUUUUAGAAAAUGUAUCCUCUCCACCAAUUAUCGAACAAGAAAAGAGGAAAGAAGUGGUAGUUGCUAGUCCUGUUACCACUUCAGUUUCAUCACCACCAACUGAAGAAAAGACAACUAUUGAUGAAUCUGCCUCAAAAUCUUACAACUGUGCAUGUUGUGGUAAACCAAACUCUAAAAAGAAGUGUGGUGCCUGUCAAGCUGUUGUUUAUUGCUCAAAGGAAUGCCAAGCUUCACAUUGGAAGGUUCAUAAGACACAAUGUAAGAAGUUGUAG